ACACCGGAAGAACCCGUGCGUCGUCACUAGGUUCUACGCGUUGUGUGAGGGGUGGGAGUUGAAGGACGGUCUCUGGCCGGGCCUGCGCGGCCCUGGCACUACGGAAGAGGCUCCCGAGAAUAGCCGCGAUGUCCAACCCGCGGCCGGUCAGUCAGCUCCUGGAUCUAUGCCUUUGGUGCUUCAUGAAGAAUAUUUCCAGAUAUGUCACAGACAUUAAGCCUUUGCCUCCCAACAUAAAAGAUAGACUGAUUAAAAUAAUGAGCCUGCAGGGGCAGAUAACAGAUUCGAACAUAAGUGAGAUUUUACAUCCUGAAGUCCAAACUCUAGAUCUACGGAGCUGUGAUAUUUCAGAUACCGCUCUCCUGCACCUUUGUAACUGCAGAAAACUCAAGAAAUUAAAUUUAAAUUCCUCAAAAGAAAACAGAAUUUCCAUAACUACAAAAGGAAUAAAAGCUGUGGCUUCAUCUUGUUCAUAUCUGCAUGAAGCUUCUUUGAAAAGAUGUUGCAACCUCACUGAUGAAGGAGUCCUUGCUCUCGCACGCAAUUGCAGGCUGCUAAAGAUCAUUGAUUUAGGUGGCUGCUUAGGGAUUACUGAUGUGUCCUUACACGCAUUAGGAGAAAACUGCUUAUUUUUGCAGUCUGUUGAUUUUUCAGCUACUCAGGUAUCUGACAAUGGAGUGGUUGCACUUGUUAGUGGACCUUGUGCCAAGAAAUUAGAGGAGAUUCAUAUGGGAUAUUGUAGAAAUCUGACUGAUGAGGCUGUAGAAGCCGUCCUUACUUGCUGUCCUCAGAUACGUAUAUUACUGUUCCAUGGAUGCCCCCUGAUAACAGAUCAUUCACGAGAAGUCUUGGAGCAAUUAGUAGGCCCAAACAAAUUAAAGCAAGUGACAUGGACUGUUUACUGAUGCUCGUCGAAGCUGCGAUCUUCACACUACCAGGAAAUGAUGGUCUUGGAGAUUGGCUUUCCAAUGUAUAAGGUGGUUUGUGCUUUAACCAGACUCUUGAACACUUUAACAGUGCUAUUAAUACCAUUCUGUGUUUGCUUGAUGAGUCAGUUUUUGAAGUGGUAAUCCUAGCAUGCCCAAUGAUGGAUUUGGGGUGGGUGGGGGUAGGGAGGGUGUUUGUUUCUUAAACAACAAAGUUUUAAAAUUACCUGUCUUCCCUGGAGAUUUCCUUCUCCUUCCUAUUUAAGCUGUUAUAAGAGAAACUUACCAAUAUGGAUAGACAUUAAGAGAAUGCUAAGUAAAAGUAUUUCUAAAAACAUUAAUUACCUUUCUAGCUAUUUUCUGGCUCCUACCUUCCUGAAGUAUUUAAAUGCCCAUUGGCCAAAAGCAAAGCUGAACAUCCAGCCUAUAAAUUCUUUACAAAUUUUAAUAUUUCAGUGAAAUGAAGAAAUAUAAUACUGUUCUAAUCCAUGAUAUCAUACACCUUCGCCAUUCACCAUAUGAAUGUUACUGAGGCCCUUGUCCAACCACUUACUUCAUUGA